AUGAAAGAAACCUCGACAGUCGAUUUGAAUCGAUGCUAUAGCCCUCAGAUUGAUCGAAAGGAAAUCAGAUCAGUAGAAUUACACGGAUUCGGUGACGCUUCGGAGAAAGCGUACGGAGGAGUAGUGUAUAUUCGUAUCAGAACAGGAACGCUUGUUUCGUGUCAACUCGUUGCAUCCAAGUCAAAAGUCACUCCCAUAGGUGGAGAAACAAUUCCGAGGCUAGAACUGUUAUCAGGGCUGGUGCUUGCAAGAUUAAUGUCACAUGUUCGACGUAAAUACAAGAUUGAUCGCGUUGUCUGUUGGUUGGAUUCAGAGAUUGCCCUGUGGUGGAUUACAGGGACAGGAAAAGAGUAUAAACUGUUUAUUCAAAAUCGAGUUGUAGAAAUUAGGAAGUUAAUUGAUCCGAAAUCGUGGCGUCAUGUGCCAACCGACCAAAAUCCCGCGGACGUUCUUUCUCGUGGUUCACUUGCAUCGGAAUUGAAAGAAAUGCGUAGUUGAUGGUGUGGUCCGGACUUCCUGCAAGGUGACGAGUCUGGCUGGCCAAAGAAUACCAAGUUUCAAGGGGAUAAUUUCGUAGAUCAAUUGCCCGAAUUUGAAGAAAUACAAUCUGUGUCUACAACCUUGGUUCAGGAUGAGAAAUCAACUAUUGGCGAGUUAAUCGAUUGUCAGAAUUACAGCGAUUAUGAGAAACUCGUUCGUGUCACCUGCUACGUGGUUCGCUUCUUAAAAAGUGUGCGGAAAAUGAAAGAACACCGACCAUCAUCCUCGGAGCUAGACGAAAUCGAAUUGCCCGAAGCAGAAAUUUUGUGGAUAAAAGACGCCCAGAGAUACUUUCGAGCAGAGCCUAAUUUCAAGCAAAGAAAAAGGUCGUUGCGACUAUUCGAAGAUGAGGAUGGAAUUUUAAGAUCGCAAGGAAGACUGGAUUUCACUCGAUUACCUUACUGUACACGUCAUCCAGCAGUUUUGCCAAGGGGUCAUCAUCACAACACUGAUCGUUAGAAAAUGUCAUAGCCGAGUCAUGCACAAUGGGGUUAACGAGACACUGGUCGAAUUACGAUCCAAGUAUUGGGUAGUUAAGGGAAGACAGGAAGUUCGAAAGGUAAUUUCCAGAUGUACUACAUGCAAACGAAUUGAAGGUAAAUGUUACCGAGCACCAUUGCCACCUCCACUACCUCGAUUUAGAG